CCACAAUAUACAUAACCUUAAAAUGUCUGUACCGCAAAGCGCAAACUUUCUCUAAGGGCGAGCUCUGUGCCCAUUGGCUAUUAAUUGUAAUUAUAACAAGUUUCCAAGAAUUUUAAUUAUCACAUAAAAAUGUAAUUAUCCUUAGCAUUAAGCAAAAUGUAUCAUCAGUGGCAUCUAGGUAACCUAGUCAAUAAGGUGCUUUAAGCUAAAUCUUAUCUUAUCAGUUCUAAAUAUUGCUCCAAAAUCGGUUAAUGCAAAUAAAACUGUUCAAAAGUUGCAAGUUUCAUCAAUUUCUCUCAUUACGCAACGCUAUGGAUAUAAAAACGUUUAUAUUCCUCGACUGUGAAACGACAGGACUGCCCUUUCAAGAGAGCAACAAAACUCGCAUCACCGAGUUGUGUUUUGUCGCAGUUCAGAGCGACCAUAUCAGUUUGGGUGUGUUUCCGAGAAUUCAAAAUAAGUUGAACUUUUGCUUCAAUCCAAGGAAAUUCAUAAGUACCGAAGCGUCACGAAUCACCGGUCUGACGAACGAGCUCUUGGAACACCAAACCGAGUUUGAUGUGUCGUGUUUUAGCGUAAUGCGGGAGUUUUUAAACGCCAAUAGGAAACCGAUCUGUUUGGUUGCACAUAACGGCAACAAAUUCGAUUAUCCUAUUCUAAAAGCGGAAAUAUACAAGACUGGUAACGAAAUGGCGAGCGAUGUGUUGUGCAUUGAUUCAUUGGUAGCGUUUCGUAAUCUUCACGAGAAUUCGAUGAAAAGAACUGCAUUGCCUGAACCUGUUAGUCAAGUACCUUGGGAGCUCAAUGAUGGAUUUGACGAUAUUUUAGGCGAUGUAGUUGACAAUAUUGAUUUACAGACAUCCUCACAGCCCAAACUAACGGUAGCAGAAAUUCAGAAGAUCAAUGAAACAACGCCAGUCAAAAACGUAGGUGGUUUUAAGUUUAGAGCAGUAAAACGGAAAAAAAUCUUUACAGAAAAGUUGAGUUUUUCAUUGGGCAAUCUGUAUCAACGCCUGACUUCUAAAGCACCGGUUGAUGCCCAUCGAGCAGAAUGUGAUGUAAAUAUGUUGAUAGAAUGUGCUGCAACAGUCGGGCAGCCAUUCGUGGAUUGGUGUAAUGAGAACGCCCAGCAGUUCUGUGAUAUUCCAAUGAUGGUACCGGGAAAACCUAUUGGGAGCUAACAUGUACUUAUUUUUUAGUCUUAUACUUUUACUAUAUUUUGUAAUACUGUUAUUUAACAUUUUUUAUAUUGUGACCUUUUAUAUUUUUUAUUAUAGUUUGUUAAUGUCGUGAAAUAAUUGUAUGUAAAUAGUUAAGGAAUGAAAUACAGU